AUGAGUCGAAAACUGGCCAGUCGUCAGGCUGAUGAGCUGCACAAGUCUAUCAUUGCGUAUCUCUCUGCAAACGGACUCCCCGGUGCGGCGGCAGCCCUGCGACAAGAACUCGGCCUCGGCGGAGAUGCGCUCGACAACAACACGGUUAAGAAAUACGAGGGACUGCUCGAGAAGAAGUGGAUCAGUGUCGUCCGUUUACAGAAAAAGAUAAUGGACCUAGAGUCUUGGGUCUUUGCCCUCCAAUCCGAGCUCGACGACGCCACGACAACAUCACUCUCGCGCAAGAAACAAGACCCUGCCACCUGGCUGCCCAAGGCACCCGCACGGCAUACGCUGCAGUCACAUCGGAGCCCCAUCACUUGCGUGGCGUUCCAUCCCGUGUUCUCGUCAUUGGCAUCUGGCUCGGAGGAUGCGACCAUUAAGAUUUGGGACUGGGAAUUGGGGGAGUUGGAAAAGACAAUCAAAGGCCACACCAGGGCUGUACUGGAUGUCGACUUCGGUGGACCAAGAGGGGGAACACUGCUGGCAAGCUGCUCCAGCGACUUGACGAUCAAGUUGUGGGAUCCAUCAAACGAGUACAAGAACAUUCGGACGUUGACAGGCCACGACCACAGCGUGUCGGCUGUCAGGUUCAUUCCCUCGGGCGCAGCUGGGGCUCCAGCAUCCGGUAAUCUUCUGGUAUCUGCAUCGAGAGACCGCACCCUCCGUAUUUGGGAUGUCAGCACGGGAUGCUGCAUAAGAACGCUGGGUGGUCAUGCCGAAUGGAUUCGCGACGUCUGUCCAUCUAUCGAUGGGCGCUACCUUCUUUCGGCUGGUAAUGAUCGAACAGCGCGCUUAUGGGAUGUAUCAACGUCAAAUCCGGAGACCAAGUUGACACUCAUCGGCCACGAGCACGUGGUUGAAUGUGCUGUGCUGGCACCGGCCGCUGCAUACCCGCAUCUGGCGGCUCUUGCGAGGUUGAAAAAGCCACCACCCGCAACCUUGACGGCACAGUUCAUGGCAACAGGUAGCAGAGACAAGUCGAUCCGCGUAUAG